AUGGAAACGGCUUCUACAAGUGACGAUAUCGAUGCUGAACAGUUAAAGAUGGCUAGAUUGUAAGUUAUGGUCGAGAUUACUAUAUUAAAUUGAUGAAUUAGGUAAAUAUUAACCAGUACGGGCGUUUGAAAAUGUAAGGGAAAUAGUAAGGUCUUAGUAUUGGUCGUGAGCCGUAUAUUCGAAAGUGACAAGAAUUUAUUGUAGACGAAAGAUCGAAAUUGUCCGAACUUCAAGAGUAAUCAAGGAAUUUCCUGAAGAUUCAGAAGUGUUACUGCCUAUUGUAUACAGCCCUGAAUACAAUGUCACUUGCUAUGGUUUGGAGAAGUUACAUCCUUUUGAUUCAACGAAAUGGGGCAGAGUUGUACAGGAUUUGAUAGGUAAUAUCUUGUCAUAAUAUAUUGUUGCGGCGCUGCCAGGAUAUUUGGCUAACUUUCAGCAGGAGAUUUAGCUAGCCUGAAGGCAAUUUUGGACGAAAAUAGCUCCUCCAUUACUUUUAAUGGACGUUGUUUAAGAAUUUUUCAGAUAAUGGCUAUAUCACAGAAGAAAUGUACAUAAAGCCAGUACCAGUUAGUCAUCAUGAUCUUACUGUAGUUCAUUCUAAGUUUUACCUCAAGUCUUUGAUGUUACCGUGCAUGAUAGCCAAGGUCGUCGAAGUUCCGCUAGCCACAAUUGUGCCAUACUGUAUUAUUGAGAAGAGAUUACUCAGGCCUAUGAGGUAAGUACAAUACUGUAUUUAAGACAAGGCUGUAAUAUUUGGGAGGGGAAGAGCGUACUGUUAUGUUUCUAACACUGCUAUUAUAAUUUUAACUAAAAAUGCUAUUUUAUCUAUCUUCAGAUGCCAAACUGGAGGCACAAUCACCGCUUCUUACAUCGCCUUGAACAAGGGUUGGUCGAUAAACAUCGGGGGUGGCUUUCACCAUGCUCACGGCUACAAUGGCGGUGGAUUCUGUAUAUACGCUGACAUUUCUCUAGCCCUAAACUUUUUGUUUUUGGAUCAGAGAAUCAAAAAAGCGAUGGUGAUCGAUUUGGACGCCCAUCAAGGGAAUGGCCAUGAGAUCGACUUUGCUGACAAUGACAAUGUUUAUAUAUUGGACGUGUUUAACUACGAGAUAUACCCUCGAGACUUCAAGGCCAAGGAGAGUAUCAACACGGCAGUGAGAUUACAGAGUUUUACUGAAGACAGAGAAUACCUAUUCCAAUUGAAAGGGGCUUUGAACAAAGCUUUGAAAGAGUUCGAACCUGAUAUUGUAGUAUAUAAUGCUGGAACCGACUGUUUGGACAAGGACCCGGUUGGACAAUUGAGCUUGACUGAAGCGGUGAGUCUUGAAAUAUGCUUUAGCAAGAUAUAUGGUGAGAUAGGUUUAGAUUAGCGUUCACAUUUGCUUUUUUAAGAACAUAAAACUUUAAAAUCAUACUCUAACAUUAAUUUGUAUACCGAUUGGUCUGGCAUAAUAUUGUUUUAGGGGAUUAUCGCACGCGAUGAGAUGGUAUUCACAAAAGUCAGGGAUGCUGGUCAUCCCAUAGUAAUGCUGUUAAGCGGUGGCUACACAAAACAGUCGGCCGAUGUGAUAUCUACCUCUAUCAAGAACCUUUUCGAUAAGAAACUCAUAGAAUAG